CGUCACAGGCGCUCUGCUCUGUGAUUGGCUGCUGAGUGCAGGUUCCUGAUGUGUCGCUCAAGCAGCUGGAGUUUCGGAUGUGUUUGCAUCUGUUCAUGACAAACGAUCGCGCACAGUGGAACCAGACCCCACAGACACACUCCGAACCGAAACCAGCUCCAGACGAUGGCUCAAUGUGCAGCAGCGGCGGCGGCCAGUGGUGAUGUGAACGGAGACAGCAAGACGAAGAGGAAAGUGGCCAUCAUUACAGGCAUUACCGGUCAGGAUGGGUCCUACCUGGCUGAGUUUCUGCUGGCUAAAGGUUACGAGGUUCAUGGUAUCCUCCGCAGGUCCAGUUCUUUUAACACGGGCCGGAUUGAGCACCUUUAUCAUAACCCUCAAACGCACACAGAAGGAAGCAUUGGAUCCGCUAAGGGUUACAUGAAGUUGCACUAUGGAGACUUGACUGACAGCACGUGCUUGGUAAAGAUUAUCAAUGAAGUCAAACCCACUGAAAUAUACAACCUUGGAGCACAGAGUCACGUCAAGAUCUCCUUUGACCUUGCUGAGUACACUGCAGACGUUGACGGGGUAGGGACCCUACGUCUGCUGGAUGCAGUGAAGACCUGCGGUUUAACUGACACCGUCCGCUUCUACCAGGCCUCCACCAGCGAGCUCUACGGGAAAGUACAGGAAAUUCCCCAGAAGGAGACCACACCAUUUUACCCGCGAUCCCCUUAUGGUUCAAAUUUUGUAACUAGGAAGAUCAGUCGCUCUGUGGCGAAGAUCCAUCUUGGGCAGUUGCAGUGCUUCAGCCUGGGGAAUCUGGACUCCAAGCGAGACUGGGGCCAUGCCAAAGAUUAUGUGGAGGCGAUGUGGCUGAUGUUGCAGCAGAAGGAGCCUAUCGAUUUUGUCAUAGCGACGGGGGACGUGCACAGCGUACGGGAGUUUGUGGAGAAGGCCUUCAAACACGUCGGCAAAGCCAUUGUGUGGGAGGGGAAGAAUGAGGAGGAGGUGGGCCGAUGUCAGGAGACGGGAGAGAUUCAUGUGAAGGUGGAUCCGAAGUACUACCGGCCAACUGAAGUGGACUUCCUACAGGGAGACAGUUCCAAAGCCUUUAAGAUCCUGGGCUGGAAACCACGUGUGACGUUCGAGGAGCUUGUUAAAGAAAUGGUGGACGCAGACAUCGAGCUCAUGCGGAACAACCCGAAUGCCUGAUCCCACACGCCUUCAUCUCCAUGCAUGCCAAAGAGGCGGUUGUCAUGUGUUUGUGUGUGUGAUCACUGGAAGAAGCAUUCAGCUGCAUUUCUGUUCCUCCGUCUGUCGUUUUCUCUGCUGCUUCAGCUUUCGGAUCUCAGUUUCGCUGUGUUUUGAGGGUCCC